UGCAGGCACUGAGGGGACUGCGCAUCUAAUCACCACUUCAAUCAUAAAUCGAAACUUUGUCCGUGGGCUUUGACGGCGUGUCUCUGCUGACCGAAUCGUUAUUACAAAGUCAACAGCGCCAUCAUCUCUCUGAGAGCGGCUCUGGCACGCAGGGAGAACAUUUUGCCGAGAAGGAGCGAGAAUGAGCGGCAUGGUUUGGGAACUCUUUCAUCACCUGCCGCAUUUCAUGGAGUCCGACAGCAAAAGUUUCCAGCCUUGGAGAGACUACAUAGGAUUGUCGGACACAAUCAAACAGAUCUUGGGCCGGAGCACCGCCACUGAGGAGUGCCCACUGCCGGCCCCCAAAGCUCCGCACCCUGAUCCCGAUGACCUGUGCGAGGUGCUGCUGUCUGUGCGCAUUGACGCAGGUUGCCACAAUGGCGACCUCGGCGCAGAGUGUUCGCCACACCUGCCAGGUGAGUCCUCAGUGCCAAGCCUUCCGGCUCAUCAGCCUCCACUUGAUGCUUCACGCCACCCCUCAGCCUCAUUCUCUGCUGGCGCAAAAAAAGGGGCGGAUUUGAAGCAGGUACCGAGGUCUGCUGGCUCUCACGGGCCGAAAGAGCGCAAGAGGGCCGCUCGAUUCAAAACAUCGGAUUCAUCAGCGUUGCCCCCGUCCCCUGAGCGCAUGUUCUGCAGUUUCUGCAAGCACAACGGGGAGUCCGAGCAGGUCUACGGAUCCCACUGGCUCAAGAACCAGACUGGAGAUGUUCUGUGUCCCUACCUGCGGCAGUAUGUGUGCCCUCUGUGCGGAGCCACGGGAGCCAGAGCUCACACCAAGCGCUUCUGCCCGAGGGUGGACAGCGCGUACAGCUCCGUGUACGCCAAGUCCAGACGCUGAGGUAGCAGGUAGCGGGUAGCAAACAGGCAGAUAAAGCUUCGUCUUCCUUUUAAGUGUGUGAUUUCUGUUUGUAGACACGCGUGUCUUUUUGCUUUUGUGUGUGGUUUUCGUUCGCAUGCUUUGGCACGUUUGCUGUGUGACCUUCUCUCUGACGCUGAUUGGAGUUAUUUUUCCAGCUGCUCUGUUUGUCCGCCUUACCCCCAGCGUCCGUUCGGUGCUUGGAUUUGUAUAUUAUUUAAAAUAACGACUGCCUGGUCUGUUUGGGAGGAAAAGUGUAUAUAUAAAAAAGAUAUGUUUCUAAGAAAAAUGUAUGUUUGUUUCACAUAUUUUAAAACGUGGCCGUGUGAUGUCCAGUUCCAUAUCUCCAGUCCAUGCAUUGAAGGAUCAGAACACUAUCAAACCAUAAGAAGUCAUAAGUGAUAAUUUUAUUACAGCAAGUAAACAUCAUGUGACCAUGUCAGCAUUUUAACUUUUUAGAAACAUGAGUGACCUGUUCUAGUUCUGAGGUGUAAGUACCUGUUUUCUAAGCUUGUUUAUUUUGAAAACUGUGUAUGUGGCUCUUCUGUGAUGCCAUUCCAGAUCUUCUGACUUUGUGGAAAAAAUUGUGUGAACAUAUUUCUGUGUGGAAAAUUUUGUGUGCCAUAAGUAUAUAAAUGUCUAAACUGAC